GCGUUUCUCCUGUGCUCGCGGUUUGACAUUUCGUCCCUCGACUCGUCCAUUUCGUUUACUGCCACCGCAGAGUAAAGUUUGGACUGGUUCAGCGCUGGUCAAAAAAGUUUGAUUAUCUCGACCAGGACAAGUGAAAAUCCACGAAAAUCGUGCAAAAUGGCCGCCACUGGAAAGGACAUCGAGAAGCCCGUUGCCGAGGCCGCGACCGUUCACCGGAUCCGCAUCACGCUGACCUCGCGCAAUGUCCGCAGCCUGGAGAAGGUGUGCGCUGACCUGAUCAGCGGCGCCAAGAAGCAGAAGCUGCGCGUUAAGGGCCCGGUUCGCAUGCCGACCAAGAUCCUGCGUAUCACGACCCGUAAGACGCCUUGCGGUGAGGGUUCCAAGACUUGGGAUCGUUUCCAGAUGCGCCUGCACAAGCGUAUCAUCGAUCUGCACUCGCCGUCCGAGAUCGUCAAGCAGAUCACCUCGAUCAACAUCGAGCCCGGUGUAGAGGUCGAGGUCACCAUCGCCGACCCUUAAGCUGG